AUGAAUGGGGUCCAUGAUGAUUACUAUGAACUAAGAAAGGUUCUAAAGGCAGCUUCAACAAAGGAGAAUACAGUGAUAUUGACAUAUCUAAAUGAGGCAUGGGCAGCACCAAACUCCAUAUUUGAUAUCUUCCUAAAGAGUUUCAGAAUUGGUAACAAUACAGCUUAUCUUCUUGAUCAUCUAUUGGUUGUAGCCACCGACGACGCCGCGUAUAAUCGAUGCCAGACAUUAGUCUCCCAUUGUUAUCUUCUCAAGUCUAAUGCAUUCUCAACAAUGGCUCAUCAAGCUAGCUUCAUGACACCCCUUUAUUUGGAUAUGGUGUGGAGAAGAGUUGCUUUCUUGAAAACCAUAUUGACUUUGGGAUAUAACUUCCUUAUCACGGAUACUGAUAUCGUAUGGUUUCGAGAUCCAUUCCCACAUUUUACACCUGAUUCAGACUUCCAAACUUCAUGUGAUCAAUUUAAUGGCGAACAAUUUGACUUGGACAACCACCCCAACGUCGGAUUUAUGUUUGUCAGGUCUAAUAAUCGGACUAUCAAAUUCUAUGAUUUCUGGGUAACCUCAAGACGUAGAUAUCCUCGUUUACAUGAGCAAGAUGCUUUUAACAGAAUUAAAAAUAAACCUUAUUUCACACAACUUGGAGUCAAAGUAAGAUUUUUGGAUACUGAUCAUUUUAGUGGGUUUUGUGCACCAAGCAACGAUUUUAACAAGGUAUGUACCAUGCAUGCUAAUUGUUGUGUGGGGUUAGAUAGAAAAAUAGCUGACUUAAAUACUACAUUAGAGGAUUGGAAGAGUUAUAUCUCUGCAAAUCACACAAAUUUACAACAUUUUAAUUGGAGCAUUCCAAGUGAAUGUCAUAUGUGAUAAUGUUGUACUCGUUUAUUGCUGUCUAUUGAUCACAAUUGUAUUACUUUACAAUAGUUUUGUACUUCUAUAGUCCUACCUAAGAA